GGAUUGAAUAUGGAAGGCAUGUUUUCCAUCCAAAGAGCUCACAGUGCAAAAAAUUGCAGCCCUUGCGGACGGAAUGGGGUGCCUGCCUGCUGGGACCUUAUUCGUUUAAGUAUCAGUAUUUAUUUGGACGGGCAUCGUAAAUGAAUUUUCCAUUCUCAAAAUUUCUAAAUCUUUAUAUUUUGAUUACAGAUUGAUAGCAGUAUGUUAGAACUGAAUUCUAACUUUCAUGUCAAAACUCCGAUAGUUUACGUUCCGAAUAGUCAACUCAGGAUAAGCAAAUUGACAUCACUUAACAGCAACUUUGUUGAAGUGAAUCUGGAUAUGCCAGAGAAGCUGAGGAAAGAGGUAUACAUAAGGGCAUCCUGGUUAAUAAAAUCGAGGAAAGAUUUUUACUCUAUGGUAAAGCUGGAAACUCCAUUCAAUGGUUUGGAAAAUACAACUGCUGGUAUAAAAAUUUAUAUAUCUGACGAACAGUCGACGCUCUGGAGUGCCAUUCAGUUGAAUCCAUUAGAAGUCGAGAUCAACUCCACCUUGCAGAACAGCAUCCUUAAUGUUGCGUCUGACUUAAAUUUCAAUGGCAAAAGAUUCCCGUUGUUGAUCACCUGCAAGAUAAUACAACCCGAAAAAAGAAAGGCUUAUGGCAACUACAUAAGCAUUGCAGAUGAUUACUAUGAAUUUGACGGCCAUAUGAAGUUGAAAGAAAAAGUUUUUAUCAUAGCCGGUUACGCAGAGCUAUCCGAAGAUUCAGUGAAGCUUUUGCUACCAUCUAAGGUGUUCAUCCAACUGAAUCCUGAAGAUGAAAGCCCAGAGAUAGAAUUUAACUUCCAAGUCAAUAAAUUAGCUUCGAAUAAAUAUAAGUUUAAAGGUGGUUUAUCACAAAGUGACAGAUAUGUUACUUAUGAGUCCGACGUGGCGUACUCGUUAGAUAAGCUGAACUGGGAAAUAUAUACUGCAAUAAUAACAUCAACCGGGGGCCACUUUCAUAUCAAUACAAAAGUUAUUUCGGAAGGUGACAACGUGAACCUCAGUUUAGAUAUGACAACACCCAUAUUCAAGCUAGAAAACGUCAUCGCUGGUGCCAACUACACCGUCAGCGGCCUGAACAGGAAUGCGUAUGGUUUCUUCGAAAUUAUCAACGUAAGUCCUAGAACUACCCAAGCUAAAGGUAGCCUAGGGUUAAAUAUAGUCUGGCUAGUCAUGGAGAAUAUGGCAGUGAAGGCGAUUGGACAAUUCGAAAAUGUACAUUAUAGCAGCAAGACAUCGGUAGUGGCGUUCUACGAAAAUCCUGGCAAGGCUUUCCAGCAUCUCAAGGUUGGAGGUGACAUAGCCGUUGAUAAAAUAUGGGAGGCUGCAUCAAAUAUAACCGUCAAUAUGCCUCCCAACAAGACGCUUGGCUUUGAAGGACACUUAAAGACUCCAUAUGGCGACAAAGAAACUCAUAGCUUAUACACAGAGCUGGAAUAUUCAGAUGGCUUCAAAUAUGUAGAUUACUUGGCAAAAUAUAGAACCCUGGAAUCGCAGAAGAAAUAUGGAACGUGGGGACAGAUUUCAAUCAAAGACAAACAAAACUUAACAGGAAACGUUGAAGUGCAAUGGGAUGGUAGAAACUUCAACAACUUUGCCAAUCUCAGGAUGUCCGAGAAAAACCUGGAUCUAAUCUAUAAAUUAAAAACACCAAAGUUUGACGAUAAGCGGAUGGCUGUCGCUCAGCUUUCCUAUAUCGCCACUGGGGAAAGACACAAUAUCACAUGUGACGGAUUUUAUCCAGAAGAUCGAUCAGUUAUGCAUGCCACAGUCGACUAUAAAGAGUUGGCCAACAUGCAUGGAAUGUUUAACAUUACUCUCCCGUAUAAGGCUUUGAACCACACAGGCGCAUAUUUCAGGACAGAAACAAAUGAGUAAGUGUGAUGUGUGUUAUGCUCAAUGUCCACUCAAAAGGAUUUAACAUCUCGGAG